UGCAAUAACCCGUUUUCCUUUUGUCUCAUUUUAUAUUUGUUUAUUAUUUUAGUUUAUAAUUGACUUUUGAACAGUGUGAUUGUGAGGAGAAUGAAGUUAAUUUUGGCGGUGUCCUUGCUGGUAUGGGGAUGUCAAGGACAGAAAAACAAUUUCUUAGGCCUAAAUCAAUGGCUUGGAACCUUUUUAAAUCCGACAAAUAACACACCCACGGAUUGUUACACUGAGAAGCAGGAAGAGGGACAAUGUGUGAAAUUGUCAGAAUGCAUGGACAGCAACGAAAUCGACUUAGAAAAGAUGGACGUUUAUAGAGAUCGAAGCUGCCACUACUUGAAGAUAUGCUGUCCAAACAGUCGAUUGGUGACCGAAACCGUGACUCCACCUCCAAUGCCGAAAAAGAGGCCAGGAUGUGGAUGGAGCAACCCUGGCGGCUACAUAUUCCGCGACUCUUCAAAGACGCACGCCGAGUUCGGAGAGUUUCCCUGGAUGGUUGCUUUGAUGAGCAAAGAUGGUGUAGAUUGGAGACAAAAUGACUAUUUAGGUGGAGGGUCACUGAUUCACAAAUCCGUUGUGAUAACUGCAGCACAUAAAGUUCAGACGCUGAAUGCAAGUCAGGUAAAGUGUCGUGCUGGUGAAUGGGAUACGAAAACUACUAACGAGGUGUACCCACACCAGGAACGUGAUGUUAAGAAUAUAGUGAUACAUUCAAAUUAUGACAGAAGUCAGUUCAAAAACAACGUGGCAUUGUUGAUAUUGCAAACGCCAUUCGAUCUGACCGUACCUCACAUUGGUACCGCGUGUUUGGAAAGCACAAUGCCCCCACCUGGGACCGAAUGCUACAGCAUGGGGUGGGGCCAAAAGGACUUUAAUAAGGACGAGUAUGCUGUCAUUUUGAAAAAAAUAUCUUCACCUCUAUUGGAUAAUUCUGUAUGUGAAGUGGCAUUCCGGCCGAUUGUAGGAUCUGCGUAUAAUAUGGAUGACUCCAUGACCUGCGCAGGACGAGUUACCGGUUUGAGUAAUUGUAUGGGAGAUGGUGGAUCCCCACUUAUAUGCACUAUGCCCUCAUCCGAAGGUACUCGGUAUGCUGUGGUGGGAUUGGUCGUUUUUGGAUAUAGAUGUGGUUUAAAUGGUAUACCGGUAGCCUUCACGAAGAUACCACAUGUGUACAACUGGAUCGACGAUACUAUGAAGACAUACAAUUACGAUACUACUUCCUUCAAAUUCUAAACUAAAAUAUAUGUUUACCA